UCUUAUUUAACAAACAUGUGAAUGGAAUUGUAUCAGCAAGAAACUGAUUUCAUUCCCUGUGACCAAACACCCCAUGAGGUGCACAAAUUUGGGCUCGCAGUUACUCUCGGCGGCGAAAGGCUUCUCAACCAAAUCUCGAUCUCCAAUCUCCGUACCAUUCUCUUCGACAGCUUCUAUCUCUCUGUUCCUCGUCCAUGUGAGAUACUGUAACCCUAAUUUUGAAUAUAGCAAUGGAAGAAUUUGCUUGGUUAGCGGGAAUUGCAACCUGCGUUAAACUCCUUCUAAUUCCUUCCUAUAGAAGUACAGAUUUUGAAGUUCAUCGCAACUGGUUAGCUAUAACAUCAUCACUUCCUCUUUCUAAUUGGUACUCAGAUGAAACUAGUCCAUGGACACUUGAUUACCCACCAUUAUUCGCAUACUUUGAGAAAUUGCUAUCUAUCUUCGCCCAUCUAGUUGAUCCAAAAAUAGUUGAUCUUCAAAAGGGUUUAAAUUAUGAGUCUGAUUCAGUCAUUUAUUUUCAGAGAAUUAGUGUGAUUGUAUCUGAUCUGUGUUUGUUUUAUGGAGUUUAUAGGUUAAGUAAAACCUUAGAUAUUAAGAAGAGAAAGAUUCUUUGGAUUCUGCUUAUUUGGUCUCCUUCACUUAUUAUUGUGGAUCAUAUACAUUUUCAGUAUAAUGGGUUUCUUUUAGGGAUUCUUUUGAUAUCUCUUUCGUUUUUGGAAGAAGGAAAAGAUUUGAUCGGGGAUUUUUUUUUUGCCGUAUUGUUAUGUUUUAAGCAUUUGUUUGCUGUGGCUGCUCCAGUAUACUUUGUAUAUCUACUGAGACGUUAUUGUAAAGGAGGAUUUGCUAAGUCUAUUGGAAGGUUUGUAAUGAUGGGAAUUGCAGUUGGUAUGGUCUUUGCUGUUGCAUUCGGACCGUUUUUGUAUACUGGUCAGAUACAACAAGUCCUACAUCGCAUGUUUCCUUUCGGCAGGGGACUUUGCCAUGCAUACUGGGCUCCUAAUUUCUGGGUAUUUUACAUAAUUUUAGACAAAGGACUUACUUUCUUGCUCGCAAAAUUGGGGUUUAACAUCCAGACACCCGCAGCUUCUUUCACUGGUGGUCUAGUGGGAGACUCAUCACCGUUUGCGGUGCUUCCUCAGGUUACCCCUUUAGCAACAAUGUUGUUGGUUGUACUUGCACUAUCUCCAUGUUUGUUUAAAGCAUGGAAAGAUCCUCAGCCACGGAUGAUCACAAGAUGGGUAGCCUAUGCAUAUACCUGUGGUUUUCUCUUUGGGUGGCAUGUCCAUGAGAAGGCAUCCCUUCAUUUCAUGAUUCCCCUUGCCAUUGUUGCAAUCCAGAGUGUAGAGGAUGCAAAACAUUAUUUCUUACUCUCAGUAGUGUCAUGCUAUUCGUUGUUCCCUCUUCUAUUUGAAGCCAAAGAAUAUCCAAUAAAAGUGUUGUUACUUCUUUUACACUCCCUUCUCCUGAUAUCAGUCCUCACCUCCCAAUUUGGCAAAAGCUCAUCUAAAGCAGUGGGGGAACCCUUACAUAGAGGGAAAAGUGAUGGGAAAACAUCAAAAGGACGAAAGCCUUCUAGUCAUGAAAUGAACAGUGGUGCUGGUUUUGUUGUUGGAUGGGUCAGUAUGAUUUAUUUGUUGGGUCUGUUGGCUAUAGAGGUAUGGGGUCAGUUUUUGCAACCUUACCUUCUAGGAAGUGAAAGACUUCCCUUUUUACCUCUGAUGUUGAUGUCGAUAUAUUGUGGAAUUGGAAUGGUGUAUUCCUGGCUAUGGCAACUGAAAUGGAUCAUCAAAUGUUAAAUGACAUUGUUUGAUAUUAGUGAAUUUUCAUCUUUCUCAUUCGCA